AUGGAUGAUUUAUUUAGUGAUAGUUUAGAAGAUAAUAAACACCAACAGAAUCAACAACAACAACAGCAGCAACAUCAAAAUCAACAUUUGUCAGAUAAUUUGUUGGAUACAAGUUUCGACGACUAUGAGGAAAUCAACUUUUUAAGUCAGUCCGGUAGUGGUAUGAAUAAUAAUAACACAGCUAACAACCUAAGUGGCUAUCGUCCAUCACCAAUAUCAUCGGAUUCUAUUAAAUUGAAUUUUCAAUUCGAUGACUCUGACUUUGAACCAAUCGUUACACCACAACAACAGCAGCAACAACAACAACAACAACAUUCAAAUAACAACUCUUCUUUUAUAAAAUCACCAACAAGAAUCGCCAACCAGAAUAAUCAUGAUGAUUAUGACGAUGAUGAUAAUGAUGAAUUUAGAAAUGACAUCAUUGAUUCACUACCAACUACAACAGAGACAAUAUUAAUAGAUGAACCACUAAUACCUUCGUUAUCUCCAAAUCAAACAUCUCAACAACAACAACAACAAUCAAAUAACAAAUCACCAAAUCAAUCAAAUAGCAAAUCACCAAAUCAAUCAUCAACAAACAGUGUUUCACCACUAAACAGUUUCAUUUCAAGUUUUACAUCUACUUCAUUCUUUGGUAAUAAUAACAAAGAUAAAGAUAAAGAUAAUCAUAAUAAUGAAAUAUCUAGUAGUAGUAAUAGUAGUUUAAUUGAUGAAUCUAAAGAUGAUACUACUUCUUCAUCUUCUUUAAAUUAUCAAAAUGAUGAUAAUAACAAUAACAAUCAUAAUAAUAAUAAGUCAAAUAUUUUAAGACAACAAUUAAAUAGUAGUGCAGCUAAUUUAAUAAAUAUCGGUGGAAAUGCAAUAAAGAAAGCAUUGAAUACAACACAGAGUAUUCUACAUAUGAGUACCGAUAUGUUUUGGAAUGAUAUUGGCGAUGAAGCACCAGGAACACAAGAGGAUACAGGCGAGUUUGAAAAGUGGCUGAAACUCGGUGAGGACAUCUCGCUACACUGCUGGACAAAGCGUCUCGACCACCAGUUCCCAGAGCACAAAGCAUUCCAAGUAUCGAUAGGCCAGGGUUUCAAGCUGAUGGGACUUGGCUAUCGUAUGUGGAAGUACGUGAAGCGUGAGAAUAGCGCUGGUCGCGUUCCCAUCAUGGAUCCGUUCAACAUCCCUAAGCCCGGUCCGGUAAUGGGUGUUCCGAUCGGUGGAAUCGGUAGUGGAUCGAUUACGCGUGGUUGGCGCGGUGACUUUGUCCGCUGGAAUCUCAAGAACGGCAUGGUGAACAGCGAGGUUGUCGACGCCAACAAAUUCUCGGUCUACAUCAAAAUGGAGGAACAACAAUCGCAGCCACUCAGCACGAAGCGCGCCACCGUGCUCUGUCCGGGCAAGCCGAAAUCCAACUUUGCACUCGACGUUUGGAAUUGGUCGUUGAAAGGCGAUCGUUCGUCGUACUUUGGUCAGUUUCCACGUGCCUGGACUGUCUAUGAGGAGCCACAUCAAGACGUCCGACUGGUCUGCAAACAAGUUUCGCCUGUAAUCCCGAAUAACUAUAAGGAGUCGUCGUAUCCAUGCGGUGUAUUCGUUUGGAAGAUCGAAAACACUGCCAGUACCGACGCUGAAGUCAGCUUGAUGUUCACCUGGCAAAACAGCGACGGAACUGCCGUCGAUCAAGCCGGUGGACAUCAUAACAAACGCUUUAAAUACACCGAUGAACAAGGACGUUCUAUCAACGGUGUAACUCUCACAACUAAUCGUGAUUUGAAAUCAUCGGUGGACCCAAAGAAAGUCUAUCAAGAUCCACUGGAACUCUCGAUUGGCGUUAGGGAUGACGCCGAUGUACAAUUUUCAUUCGUUUCAAGAUUUGAAACAACGAAUCGACUGGAAGCUGCCAACCUUUGGUAUAGCUUCAACAAGUCCGGUGUUUUGGACAACUCAGAGGACAGCCGACCGUCGGCACCCAAGAAGCCGAUUGGCGCAGCCAUUGCCGCCAAGGUGCUGGUCAAAGCUGGAACCACCAGAGAGGUUGCCUUCUCAGUGGCAUGGGAUACACCUGUCUGCAGAUUCAAUAGUGGAUCCGGUUAUUACCGUCGCUACACCAAGUUCUUUGGAACCGCUGGCAACAACAGUCAGCGCAUUGCAUGCGACGCCGUCUACAACUACCGCAAAUGGGAAGAGGAGAUUGUGCGUUGGCAACACCCGAUCCUGAGUGAUCCAUCGCUUCCAACAUUCUACAAGCAAGCAAUCUUCAAUGAACUCUACUAUUUCGUAGAUGGUGGAACGGUUUGGACACAUGGCGCGCCAGACGACCAACCCAACCAAAAGAAAAUCGUUUCCAAAUUCCAACAGGAGGAUCUCAACGAUCCCAACUACAUCGGUAGAUUCGCCUAUUUGGAGAGCGUCGAUUAUCUAAUGUACAAUACAUAUGACGUUCAUUUCUAUGCAUCGUUUGCACUGGCGAUGUUGUGGCCACGCUUGGAACUCAGUUUACAAACCGAUUUUGCCGACGCUACACUUUUGGACUAUAGCGAUACACAAGUGGAAUGCAUACAGACCGGAAAGAAUAUGCCUAGAAAAGUAAGAGGAGCGGUUCCACAUGAUCUUGGCAAUCCUGGCGAGGAUCCAUGGAAACGAGUCAACGCCUAUCACAUUCAAGAUGUUUCGCGUUGGAAAGAUCUACCGUCCAAGUUUGUCCUGCAGAUCUAUCGUGACUAUCUGAUCAAUGGAAAUGACCGAACGUUCCUCCUACAGAUGUGGGGUGUCGUAGAGGAGGUGAUACGUCGCGCAUUCGAAUACGACAUUGACAUUGACGGUGUCAUUGACAACGAAGGUGUUCCAGAUCAAACCUACGAUGCCUGGUCUGCUCUUGGAUGCUCUGCAUACUCUGGUGGACUAUGGUUGGCAGCGGUCAAAGUAGCUUCGGAAAUGGCUAGAAUUCUCGGACUCAAAGAAGAUGAAACUGUAUAUAAAAAAAUCUUUGAAAAGGGAAAGAAGUCAUAUUCAACAAAGCUUUGGAAUGGUCAUUAUUUUAAUUAUGAUUCAAGUAAAAAUCCUCAUUUCGAUAGUAUUAUGUCUGAUCAAUUAGCAGGUCAUUGGUAUUUGUUGGCAUGUGGUUUACCUUCCUAUAUAACAUUGGAUCAAGCACUCUCUUCUUUAAGUAUCAUCAAUGAGUACAAUGUAAAGAGUUACUCUAACGGUAGUUGUGGAGCUGUCAACGGUAUGAGACCUGAAGGUGGACCUGAUACCACCUCUCUGCAAUCGUGUGAAGUUUGGAUUGGAACAUCCUAUGGAUUGGCAUCAACAAUGUUACUUCAUUUCAUGGAUAACGAAGCAUGGGAGUUAAUCAAAGGUUUAGUUGAUUCAACAUAUAAUAAAUGGGGAUUCCAAUAUCAAACACCAGAGGCCUGGGAUCAAAACGGAUUAUACAGAGCAGGUACCUAUAUGAGACCACUCGCGAUAUGUGUUUAUUCAACAGAUGUUAUAUGGAGUGCUAACAAUGGUUCCGAUUUCGAUUCUUUAGGGCUUUGCAAUGUUAAUUAUUACGUUGGUGUUAAAUCUAAUGCUUCAUUGGCAAAUCUCCAGUUGGUAUUGGGAAAUGCAGUAAAUAUUACCAGAAGAACAGUUAUUUUGGGAGUGAAUGAUAGUUUUGUUUAUCAACUAAAUAGUAACUUCCUAGAGGGAAAUACAAAUGUAACAAUAACGAUUGGAAUAGGAAGAGAUAAUACUACAACUUUCUUAAAUAUCCCAUGUAAAAAACCAGAUUUUAGAGUAAAGCCAGAGUUUGUAUCAGCUAUUCUGUCUCCAAAUGGCCAAUAUAUCGCGACAUUUAAGAACAUGAAUGGUCUCGUUUAUAAUGUGGUUCCUGUUAGAUCCGAUUGCUAUUCAUCAGGUGUUCUAAGUGGAAAUAGUGGAUCGAUUGUAAAGUUAACUAUGGAUAUCAUACCUUCAGCUUUAUGUAACUAUACAAUACCUUUCAAUGUUGCGAUCUACCACAACAAUGCAAAUAUAAAAAAUAUUACACUCCCACCAAUCUUUUCUGCAAGCCCGGAUACCUUAUUGGUUAUUUACUAUAAAUCAAUAAUGGAACCUCAAACUGCCGUUGUAGCCAAGUCAGGAGUUUUAAUAAGUGCCGAACGCGGCGUAUACUCAUUGAUUUAUGUCAAUGGAUAUGUCGCAAGCAGAGUUGGAAAUAUAGAUUACUUUGGUUUAAUACAACUAUCACCAAUUCCUUUUCUCAAAUAUAAUGUGUCCACAAUUGGAAAUAAAAAUGAAAAUUUUGAAUUCAGAUUGAACAUUACAGAUUAUAUGCCUACUGAAUUGACAAAUCUCUUUUCAUUUGUUUAUGCGGGUAACAACACCAUUGGAUAUUUGCUCCUGAGUGACCUGUCACAAUACAAAGGUUCAUUGAUUCUUUCUAGAUCACUUCGUCCUGAUAUCAAUCUAAAUUAUCCUGUUGGAAUUGGCUAUGGUACAAUCAAAAAGUGUAAAUUUAACUUACCCUUUGAAAUUUCACACAAUUCACCUCAAGAAAACAUUACUUUAUCACCUAGAUAUGAAACCGUAAGCCGAGAUUUGUUAUUGCAACAAUCGCCUAAUAAAGAUAUAAUUCCACCAUCUUUGAAUAGUUUUACAAUAAUUCCUUUUGGUGUGAAAUCAUUUAUAAUUCAGGUCAAUGUCACAGAUGAUUUAUCAGGAUUCUAUAGUUUAGAGCAAACAAUCCCAUUCCCUUUUAGAGUCACACAAAGAGAUAUUGUUUUAAGAGAUUCAACAAAUGGAAUUUAUGAAAAAGAAGUAACAAUACCAAAUGGAAUAGAUAAUGAUAUCUUCUCAUUUACAGUCUCAGAUUUCGCAGGGAAUUUCAUUAAAAUUGGAAGUGAUGAGAUGAUUGGAAACUUCCAAAGAAUACCAAGAAUACCAUUCCCAAUUUCAUAUACGAUUGACAAUAUUGUUGCAUUCAAAUUCAAAGACAACAUUUUGAAUGUAACAGGAACAUCAAUGAGCAGUUCACUCUUCUUUGUUUUGGAUAACAAUAAUAUCGAUUAUCAACCAACUCUCACAAUGAUUAUUGGUAGAUAUGGAGGUAAUUUUAUCAAGAAAACAUUCACCGGUUAUUGGAAUUCAAUGAUUCAAUCAUAUCAAAUCGAUUUCACAAUCCAAAAGAAUUUCAAUUCUGGACCAUUCGAUUUCUAUUUGGAAAGUAAAACUUUUAUCACAAAAGAUGUUCUUUUAUUCAAAUUUGGUCAAAAUAAUGUUGAUUUAAAUAUUAUUUCAAAUCAAAUCGAUAUGAUUCCACCAAAGAUAACGAAAUCAAUUGUAUACGGAGGAAUUAACUUUAUUGGAUGGUUGAUUACAAUCGAAGAUUCAAUCAAUGGUCUAUCAGAAGCAUAUAUCAAUGUUACAUCAGAUCUUGAUUUACUUCCAAGACAAUUCAAAUUUACACCUGCAAACUUGACAAGUGGAUCGAAAUUCAGUGGUACCUAUCAAAUUUCGAUACCAUUUAAUUCAGAAAGUGUCAGUGAGACAUACAGUUUUGCAAAUGGAAUCAAGUUGAUUGAUGAAGGAGGAAAUAUUGCCGAAUCAAUUUAUUUAAAUCCAAAUUCUAUUUUCGAUCCAUUUGGAUAUCAAUAUUCAAGUUUUAUCCCAAACCUUAUUGCCUUAAAUGCAUCGAUUUCCAAUACUAAAAAUGACACUGUUGCUCCUUCAAUAGUUAACGUCCGUGACAAGUGGGUCCUUGGAAAUCGAAAUAUAUUAUAUUCUUGUAAUUUCACAUCGAUCGACCUGGAAUCUGGAAUAUCAUACAGACACAUCCCGGUACUCUAUUUAUCAACUUAUGAUUCUGACAUUACAGCUCCUUUUGAAGUGAUCCCAAUCAACAAAACACAUGCCAACUAUACAAUAUCAGUGGAAAUACCUCGUAGAUUUGUUAAUCAAGGAUACUUUGUUAGAUCAUCAAUUUAUGGGGUUGUAGAUAACGUAUAUAUUCACUCAAGUCUUUAUAUGGUUUCAGCGCUAACAGAUCCAAAUCCAUAUGAUCUUAAAACCGUAGUAAUUGAAUCAGCCAGUGAUAUUUCAACAGAUGGUGGAGUCAUAACAUUAUAUGGGAAUGGUUUCGGAAAUGAUACAAACAAUACUAAAGUCAGCUAUAUUUCACGAGGUGGAAGUUUAAACUCACUAACCAGCUCAUUAACAACAUUCACAAGAUUGAUCACAACAAUUCCAGCAUUUGGUAACAAUCAAUAUAUUGAUAUUAUUGUCGAUAAUUCAAGUCCAUACCGUAUCAUACCAACAUUAAAACCAACACCAACAUCUACACCAACACCAACAAAUACAAUCCCACCAUCAUGUCCAAACUCUUGCCUUCCAAAUGGAGAAUGCACAUCCAGUGGAUGUAAAUGUAAAAGUGGAUGGGUUGGAACCGGAUGUUCAUUUUCAUUGAUUGAUGUGGUUACUCAUGUCAAUUCAACAACACCAACAACCAUUCAAAAUGAUAAAAACAGUGAUUUCUUAUCACUUGUUUCGAUCGAUUCAAUCAGAGAAUUGGAUUCAUCUGGAAAUGUUAUCGAACGUUUUGAUAUCAAAGAUCGUUGGAGUGUUGACAAUUUCACAACACCAAUUUCAUCGAAAUAUAUUUUCAGUCGGCAGAUUUCAAACAAUCGAACAACAAUAAUCAAUGUCACUUUGGAAUAUUUCGAAUCAGAUUCAAAUUAUACUUUUGGCAAUCAAGAAUACACAAUUUAUAAAUCAUCAAUGAAAUAUUCAGUUGUUAUUGACAGGUAUUCAUUCAAAGAUAAAUUGAACACACUUCAAUUGGUGAUGAACACAUCAAUUUCAACAUCAGAUACCAAUAAUUUAUGUUCGAGUUCAGAGAUUACUGGAAAUGGAGUUCAAUACUUGAAUCUCAGAUUGGGUGACAAAGUAUUGAGUGCAAGAUUCAUCAAUUAUGGAGUGAUUGAUUAUAAAGUUCAAAGUGUCAACAAUAUCGUUUUAGAAAGCUCUGGAGAUUCGAAUAAUGGAGUGAAAUCAUCAUUGAUUGCAAUGAACAUUCCAAAUUUCGAUUCAUUAGCAUGGUUGGAUCCUGAUUUUAGUUUGCUGGUCGAUCAGAACCAAGACAAAUCAAAUAAUGUGUGGAAACCCCAGACAACUCUAGAUACAUUUGGAUAUUGUGAUGUAGAAUUUUAUGUUGGUUUUAACAUGAAUGUUACAAGUGGAGACUCGUUUUCAUUUUCGGUCGGAGCCCCAAUUAUAUUGAAAAAGAUGUAUUUAAAGACGGACGGUUAUUACUAUUAUACAAAAGCUCAUUUCAAUGAAGGAAAUUUCAAUAUUUCAUUGAAGUUGAUAACUCAGCAGGCUACCAUUGAAUCAUUUUUAAUAGUUCCAUGCAUCAGACCAAAUUUUAAUAUAAAACCAGAGAUUUUGAAAAGCACUGUCACUCAAUACGGACAGUAUAUUAUGACAUUUAAGAAUUUAAAUGGUCUUGUUUAUAAUGUUGUUCCAGCAGAUAACAAUUGUUAUUCAUCAGGUGUUCUCAGUGGACAUGAUGGAUCAAUUGGAAAGUUAACAAUCGAUAUCUAUCCUUCUCAGUUAUGCAACUACACGAUACCUUUCAAUAUUUCCAUCAACUAUUUUAAUGCUACGUUAUUGCAGAGCGUGAUUCCGCCUCCUUAUACUCUAGAUUCUAGUAUAGCGAUCAGUUCGUUCUCUGCUACUAUAAAUAUAGAUCCUCAGACUGCUUUAUUUGCUAAAAUGGGUUCUUUUGUUAAGGCCACUAAAGUAAAUUCAUUGAUUUAUUUCAAUGGAAAUAUUUUAAGUAGAGUAGGAAAUUUAGAUUACUUUGGUUUCGUUCAAGUAUUGCCUACAAUUUCCUCUCUGAUUAUAGUUGAGGUUAUUGGAAAAGAAUAUUCAAGUUUUAAUUCCACUUUUUAUAUGACAGAUUAUAGACCAACAAUAUUUAAACCCAUUUCUUUUACUUUAUCUGCCUAUCCAUUGGGCUAUGUAUCAAUACCAGGUCAAUCAAUUACCAAAGAUUCAUUGUAUCUUACAAAGGAUCUUCGUCCUGAUAUCAACUUAAACUAUCCAGUUGGAAUCGCCACUGGUACAAUCAAGAACUUUGAUUUGAAAUACCCAAUUGGUGUAUCUCUAAAUUCUCCUGGGGAAAUCGUAGCUAUCAAUUCCAGAUAUGAAAACUCUAAAAGUUCUCUUUCUAUUCCAUCUGUUGCUUCACCAAAGGAUACGGUUCCACCAUCAUUGAAUAGUUUUACUAUAAUUCCUUUUAUUGGUGUGAAAUCAUUUAUCAUUCAAGUGAAUGUCACAGAUGAUUUAUCAGGAUUCUAUAGUUUAGAGCAAAUCAGCCCAUUCCCUUUUAGAGUGACACAAAGAGAUAUUGUUUUAGGAAACUCAAAGAAUGGAAUUUAUGAAAAAGAAGUUACAAUACCAACUGGAAUAGAUAAUGAUAUCUUCUCAUUUACAGUCUCUGAUCUCGCAGGUAAUCUCAUUAUUGUUGGAAGUGAUGAGAUGAUUGGAAACUUCCAAAGAAUACCAAGAAUACCAUUCCCAAUUUCAUAUACGAUUGACAAUAUUGUUGCAUUCAAAUUCAAAGACAACAUUUUGAAUGUAACAGGAACAUCAAUGAGCAGUUCACUCUUCUUUGUUUUGGAUAACAAUAAUAUCGAUUAUCAACCAACUUUCACAAUGAUUAUUGGUAGAUAUGGAGGUAAUUUCAUCAAGAAAACAUUCACUGGUUAUUGGAAUUCAAUGAUUCAAUCAUAUCAAAUCGAUUUCACAAUCCAAAAGAAUUUCAAUUCUGGACCAUUCGAUUUCUAUUUGGAAAGUAAAACUUUUAUCACAAAAGAUGUUCUUUUAUUCAAAUUUGGUCAAAAUAAUGUUGAUUUAAAUAUUAUUUCAAAUCAAAUCGAUAUGAUUCCACCAAAGAUAACGAAAUCAAUUGUAUACGGAGGAACAAACUUUAUUGGAUGGUUGAUUACAAUCGAAGAUUCAAUCAAUGGUCUAUCAGAAGCAUAUAUCAAUGUUACAUCAGAUCUUGAUUUACUUCCAAGACAAUUCAAAUUUACACCUGCAAACUUGACAAGUGGAUCGAAAUUCAGUGGUACCUAUCAAAUUUCGAUACCAUUUAAUUCAGAAAGUGUCAGUGAGACAUACAGUUUUGCAAAUGGAAUCAAGUUGAUUGAUGAAGGAGGAAAUAUUGCCGAAUCAAUUUAUUUAAAUCCAAAUUCUAUUUUCGAUCCAUUUGGAUAUCAAUAUUCAAGUUUAAUAUCAAACAAUAUUUCCUUAAAUGCAACUUUGUUAAAUGAUAAAAACAAUGACACUGUUACUCCAUCAAUUUCUAUCAAUAAUUUCUAUUGGGGUACACUUAUAGACAAACCACAGUUUAAUUCCAGUGAUAUUUCAACAGAUGGUGGAGUCAUAACAUUAUAUGGAAAUGGUUUCGGAAAUGAUACAAGCAAUACUAAAGUCAACUAUAUUCCACCAGGUGGAAGUUUACAUGCACUAACCAGUUCAUUAACAACAUUCACAAGAUUGAUCACAACAAUUCCAGCAUUUGAUAGCAAUCAAUAUAUUGAUAUUAUUGUCAAAAAUUCCAUGCCUUAUCGCAUUAUUCCAAAAUUAAAACCAACACCAACACCAACACCAACAUCUACACCAACACCAACAAAUACAAUCGCACCAUCAUGUCCAAACUCUUGCCUUCCAAAUGGAGAAUGUACAUCCAAUGGAUGUAAAUGUAAAAGUGGAUGGGUUGGAACCGGAUGUUCAUUUUCAUUGAUUGAUGUGGUUACUCAUGUCAAUUCAACAACACCAACAACCAUUCAAAAUGAUAAAAACAGUGAUUUCUUAUCACUUGUUUCGAUCGAUUCAAUCAGAGAAUUGGAUUCAUCUGGAAAUGUUAUCGAACGUUUUGAUAUCAAAGAUCAUUGGAGUGUUGAUAAUUUCACAACACCAGUUUCAUCGAAAUAUAUUUUCAGUCGGCAGAUUUCAAACAAUCGAACAACAAUAAUCAAUGUCACUUUGGAAUAUUUCGAAUCAGAUUCAAAUUAUACUUUUGGCAAUCAAGAAUACACCAUUUAUAAAUCAUCAAUGAAAUAUUCAGUUGUUAUCGACAGGUAUUCAUUCAAAGAUAAAUUGAACACACUUCAAUUGGUGAUGAACACAUCAAUUUCAACAUCAGAUACCAAUAAUUUAUGUUCGAGUUCAGAGAUUACUGGAAAUGGAGUUCAAUACUUGAAUCUCAGAUUGGGUGACAAAGUAUUGAGUGCAAGAUUCAUCAAUUAUGGAGUGAUUGAUUAUAAAGUUCAAAGUGUCAACAAUAUCGUUUUAGAAAGCUCUGGAGAUUCGAAUAAUGGAGUGAAAUCAUCAUUGAUUGCAAUGAACAUUCCAAAUUUCGAUUCAUUAGCAUGGUUGGAUCCUGAUUUUAGUUUGCUGGUCGAUCAGAAUCAAGACAAAUGUAAAUCGAGUGGUCUGACCACCUCUCAAAUCAUUGGAAUUGCAAUUGGUUCAGCUCUCUUCCUCGUUUCAAAGAAUGUGUGGAAACCCCAGACAACUCUAGAUACAUUUGGAUAUUGUGAUGUAGAAUUUUAUGUUGGUUUUAACAUGAAUGUUUCAUAUGGACUAUUUUCGUUUUCAGUUAGCUACACUCAGGAAAAGAAUAGACUGGUGACUUUAAAGAAUGACCGUUAUUACUAUUGGAUAAAUACUUAUUUCAAUGAAGGAAAUAUCAACAUGUCAUUGCAGUUGGUAACUCAGCAAGCUACCAUUGAAUCAUUUUUAAUAGUUCCAUGCAUCAGACCAAAUUUUAAUAUAAAACCAGAGAUUUUGAAAAGCACUGUCACUCAAUACGGACAGUAUAUUAUGACAUUUAAGAAUUUAAAUGGUCUUGUUUAUAAUGUUGUUCCAGCAGAUAACAAUUGUUAUUCAUCAGGUGUUCUCAGUGGACAUGAUGGAUCAAUUGGAAAGUUAACAAUCGAUAUCUAUCCUUCUCAGUUAUGCAACUACACAAUACCUUUCAAUAUUUCCAUCAACUAUUUUAAUGCAACACUAUUAGAAGUUGAGAUGCCUCCCCCAUUUAAUCAGGAUUCCAUUGUAUCGAUCAGAUCUUACAAUAUAUCUAAAUCCAUAGAUCCUCAGACUGCUUUAUUUACAAAAAUAGGUUCUUUUUCUCAGACCAAUAAAGUAAAUUCAUUGAUUUAUUUCAAUGGAAAUAUUACUACUCGAGUAGGAAAUUUAGAUUACUUUGGUCUCGCUCAAGUAAUACCUACCCCUUCCUCUCCAAUUAAAGUUGAGAUAAUUGGAAACAAAUAUUCAAUUUUUGAUUCUAAUUUCUUUAUGACAGAAUAUAUACCUACAACCUUUAUAGCAUUUUCCUUUAAAUGGGUGACCUACCCAUUAGGUCAUGUAUCAAUUCCAGUUCAAUCAAUUACCAAAGAUUCAUUGUAUAUUUCAAGGAAUCUUCGUCCUGAUAUCGACUUAAACUAUCCAGUUGGAAUCGCCACUGGUACCAUCAAGAACUUUGCCUUGAAAUACCCAAUUGCUAUAACUUUAUAUUCUCCAGGAGAAAGAAUAGCUAUCAAUUCCAGAUAUGAAAACUCUUCAAGUUCUGUACUUCUAUUGCCUGUUGCUCCAACCAUGGAUACGAUUCCACCAUCAUUGAAUAGUUUUACAAUAUUUCCUUUUAUUGGUGUGAAAUCAUUUAUCAUUCAGGUCAAUGUCACAGAUGAUUUAUCAGGAUUCUAUAGUUUAGAACAAAUCAACCCAUUUCCUUUUAGAAUCACACAAAGAGAUAUUGUUUUAGGAAAUUCAACAAAUGGAAUUUAUGAAAAAGAAGUGACAAUACCAUAUGGAAUAGAUAAUGAUAUCUUCUCAUUUACAAUAUACGAUAUCGCUGGGAAUUUCAUUAUCGUUGGAAGUGAUGAGAUGAUUGGAAACUUCCAAAGAAUACCAAGAAUACCAUUCCCAAUUUCAUAUACGAUUGACAAUAUUGUUGCAUUCAAAUUCAAAGACAACAUUUUGAAUGUAACAGGAACAUCAAUGAGCAGUUCACUCUUCUUUGUUUUGGAUAACAAUAAUAUCGAUUAUCAACCAACUCUCACAAUGAUUAUUGGUAGAUAUGGAGGUAAUUUUAUCAAGAAAACAUUCACCGGUUAUUGGAAUUCAAUGAUUCAAUCAUAUCAAAUCGAUUUCACAAUCCAAAAGAAUUUCAAUUCUGGACCAUUCGAUUUCUAUUUGGAAAGUAAAACUUUUAUCACAAAAGAUGUUCUUUUAUUCAAAUUUGGUCAAAAUAAUGUUGAUUUAAAUAUUAUUUCAAAUCAAAUCGAUAUGAUUCCACCAAAGAUAACGAAAUCAAUUGUAUACGGAGGAAUUAACUUUAUUGGAUGGUUGAUUACAAUCGAAGAUUCAAUCAAUGGUCUAUCAGAAGCAUAUAUCAAUGUUACAUCAGAUCUUGAUUUACUUCCAAGACAAUUCAAAUUUACACCUGCAAACUUGACAAGUGGAUCGAAAUUCAGUGGUACCUAUCAAAUUUCGAUACCAUUUAAUUCAGAAAGUGUCAGUGAGACAUACAGUUUUGCAAAUGGAAUCAAGUUGAUUGAUGAAGGAGGAAAUAUUGCCGAAUCAAUUUAUUCAAAUCCAAAUUCUAUUUUCGAUCCAUUUGGAUAUCAAUAUUCAAGUUUAAUAUCAAACAAUAUUUCCUUAAAUGCAUCGAUUAUAAAUUCCAGAAGUGACUCCAUUAGUCCAACAAUUAUAAUCGAUUCUUGGGGUUUGAAUUCAAAUUUGGAAAUUCCACAGUUUAAUUGUAAUUUCACAUCUUUCGAUCUGGAAUCUGGAAUAUCAUACAGACACAUCCCAGUUCUGUGUAUUUCGACAUAUGACCAAAACAUGAUAGUUCCUUUUGAAGUGAUUCCAAUCAACAAAACCCAUGCCACCUAUUCGAUAUCAGCCAAUAUACCUCGUAGAUUUGCUCUCCCUGGAUAUUCGAUUCAAAUAACAAUAUUUGGAGUUGUAGAUAACAGUUACAAUCAUGCAUCAUAUGAUGGUUUCAAUGCUGCCAAUUCAUUCCCAUUCAAUCUCGGUAAUAUUAUUAUCGAAUCAGCCAGUGAUAUUUCAACAGAUGGUGGAGUCAUAACACUAUAUGGAAAUGGUUUCGGAAAUGAUACAAGCAAUACUAGAGUCAACUAUAUUCCACCAGGUGGAAGUUUACAUGCACUAACCAGUUCAUUAACAACAUUCACAAGAUUGAUCACAACAAUUCCAGCAUUUGAUAGCAAUCAAUAUAUUGAUAUUAUUGUCGAAAAUUCCAUGCCUUAUCGCAUUAUUCCAACAUUAAAACCAACACCAACACCAACAUCUACACCAACACCAACAAAUACAAUUCCACCAUCAUGUCCAAACUCUUGCCUUCCAAAUGGAGAAUGCACAUCCAAUGGAUGUAAAUGUAAAAGUGGAUGGGUUGGAACCGGAUGUUCAUUUUCAUUGAUUGAUGUGGUUACUCAUGUCAAUUCAACAACACCAACAACCAUUCAAAAUGAUAAAAACAGUGAUUUCUUAUCACUUGUUUCGAUCGAUUCAAUCAGAGAAUUGGAUUCAUCUGGAAAUGUUAUCGAACGUUUUGAUAUCAAAGAUCAUUGGAGUGUUGACAAUUUCACAACACCAAUUUCAUCGAAAUAUAUUUUCAGUCGGCAGAUUUCAAACAAUCGAACAACAAUAAUCAAUGUCACUUUGGAAUAUUUCGAAUCAGAUUCAAAUUAUACUUUUGGCAAUCAAGAAUACACAAUUUAUAAAUCAUCAAUGAAAUAUUCAGUUGUUAUUGACAGAUAUUCAUUCAAAGAUAAAUUGAACACACUUCAAUUGGUGAUGAACACAUCAAUUUCAACAUCAGAUACCAAUAAUUUAUGUUCGAGUUCAGAGAUUACUGGAAAUGGAGUUCAAUACUUGAAUCUCAGAUUGGGUGACAAAGUAUUGAGUGCAAGAUUCAUCAAUUAUGGAGUGAUUGAUUAUAAAGUUCAAAGUGUCAACAAUAUCGUUUUAGAAAGCUCUGGAGAUUCGAAUAAUGGAGUGAAAUCAUCAUUGAUUGCAAUGAACAUUCCAAAUUUCGAUUCAUUAGCAUGGUUGGAUCCUGAUUUUAGUUUGCUGGUCGAUCAGAAUCAAGACAAAUGUAAAUCGAGUGGUCUGACCACCUCUCAAAUCAUUGGAAUUGCAAUUGGUUCAGCUCUCUUCCUCGUUUGUAUUACCAUUGCUAUUGUUAUAGUUUUGAAGAAACGAUAUUCAUUCCACUUCAAAAAAGGUAUAAAUAUGGUUAAUUUGGAAUCAACAAACAAAUAA